AUGGGAAACUCCCAGGGAAAACAGGUGGCCUACACCGAUGAGGUCAAUCUCAAUCAUUUCCGCCUGCUCCGUGUCGUCGGCAAAGGAGCCUUUGGCAAAGUCAGAAUCGUGGAACGAAAAGAUUCCGGUUUGACUUUUGCCUUGAAGUACAUUCGAAAAGAAGAAGUGGUCCGAUCAGAAAGUGUCCGAAACAUCAUCCGAGAAAGACGCAUGCUCGAACAUCUCAAUCAUCCGUUUCUGUGCAACUUACGAUAUAGUUUUCAAGAUAUUGAGUACAUUUACAUCGUUGUUGACCUCAUGAAUGGCGGUGAUUUACGUUUCCACAUCUCGAGAAAAUGCUUCACCGAAGAAGCCGUACGGUUUUGGAUGGCAGAACUUGGUUGUGCAUUGAGAUAUAUCCAUUCGCAAGGCAUCGUUCAUCGUGAUCUCAAACCCGACAAUGUUCUUCUCGAUUCCCAAGGUCACGUCCAUUUGGCCGAUUUUAACGUCGCCUCUGAUUACAAGCCCGGAAAACCACUGACGAGCAAAUCCGGAACACUAGCGUAUUUGGCGCCUGAGGUCUACGAAGGUGGUGGUUAUUAUUUCGAAGUCGAUUGGUGGUCUUUAGGAGUUACUUUUUAUGAAUGCAUAUACAACAAGCGCCCGUUCGAAGGCCGUAGCCAGGAAGCCCUCACUGAGGCCAUCGUCAAAGCACAACCGAAAUACUACGCCACGAAUCCCGCUGUGUCGAUACCUUGUCUACGAGCGAUGUCUGCUCUGAUGGAAAAAGACCGCAGCAAGCGAAUCGGUGCAACCGGUUUCGACACUUUAACAUCUCACAUAUUCUUUGCCGACAUCGACUUUGAAGCUUUGGAGAGAAAGGAGAUCGACCCUGUCUUCACGCCCUCGAGUGAAAAGACCAACUUCGAUGCAACAUACGACCUGGAGGAACUACUUCUAGAAGAGGCGCCACUGGAAGCCAGAGCUCGGAGACAAAAGCCUCGUGCUGAAUUGCGAGAUGAUGCGACGGCCAAGGAGAUUCGUGAAGAUGAACUCCACCGUAUCAUUGAGACCAUGUUUGAGCCUUUUGACUACACGCAGGUCAAUUAUAAUGGCAAUGCGGCUGCUGCUUUAGCUGCAGCCUGCAAUCCUGAAGAUCAACUUCCCUCCACAGGAACGAACACCGGCUCCGGAUCAGUUCAUUCACGUCAAAUGUCGCAAUCUAAUCCUAAUUCUGUUACCGGAACCUCACCUCCUCAACACGGGGAUAGGCCUUUUGUGGCGAAUCAAACAACCAACUCGGCUGCUGCAACAUCAGCUCCCGAUGAAGAACGUCUCUCUACGUCAUCCCGAACGAAUCGCCCUCCCGUGACAUCAGCUCCCCCAGUUCCACAACCGCCCACAUCGUUCAGUCGACCGCUACCUCCUUUACCACCUAAUUCACGACAGAAAGGAGCUACUCGAAAGAUGAGCAAGAGUGGCGGCGUUCAGAUGGUGUUGGAAGAAUCAGGUAGCUGGAGCGAGCUUGCAGAUCAGAGUACCACCCUUCCGGCAGAAGGCUAUGAAGGUCUGAUCAGCAAAGGACAGAAACCCCCAAACAGUGGCAUGCUCGCGUUCUUGAGUCGUAAAAAGGGCCGCGAGCGAAGCCCUAAGCCUACUGAGCCAGGGGUGCUCGGCAAGGAGGGUGCUCGCCAUAUCAUUUCUGGCUGA